AUGCUUUUUUUUUUCAUUUUUUUCUUUUCUUUCAUUUUUUCUUUUUUUAUUUCAUUUUUUUCUUUUUUUUUUUAUUUUUUUCAUUUUUUCAUUUUUUUUUCAUUUUUUCGUUUUUUUUCAUUUUUUCGUUUUUUUUUUUAUUUUUUCGUUUUUUUUUUCAUUUUUUCGUUUUUUUUUUCUUUCAUUUUUUUUCUUUCAUUUUUUUUUCUUUUUUCAUUUUUCUUUUUCUCUUCUUCCUUUUUCUUCCUUUUUCUCUUCUUCCUUUUUCUUUCUUUUUCUCUUCUUCCUUUUUCUUUCUUUUUCUCUUCUUCCUUUUUCUUCCUUUUUCUCUUCUUCCUUUUUCUUCCUUUUUCUCUUCUUCCUUUUUCUUCCUUUUUCUCUUCUUCCUUUUUCUUCCUUUUUCUUCUUCCUUUUUCUUUUUUUUCUUCUUUUUUCCUUUUCUUCUUCCUUUUUCUUCCUUUUUUCUUUCUUUUCUUUUUCUUCCUUUUUUUCUUCACCUUUUCUCUUCACCCUUUUUCUCCUUUUUUCCCUUUUUCCUUUUUUCUCUGUCCUUUUUUCCUUUUUCUCUGUUUUCUUUUUUCCUUUUUUUUUUCUGUCCUUUCCUUUUUCUUCCUCUUUUCUCUUUUCUCUCUUCUCUCUUUUUUUGUCUCUUCUCCUCUCUUUUUUCUCCUCUCUUCUUUUUUCUGUCCUCUUCUCCUCUCUUUUCUCUGUCCUCUUCUCCUCUCUUUUCUCUGUCCUCUUCUCCUCUUUUUUUUCUCUGUCCUCUUCUCCUCUUUUCUCUGUCCUCUUCUCCUCUCCUUUUUCUCUUUUCCUGUCUUUCUCCUCUCUUUUCUCUGUCCUCUUCUCCUCUCUUUUUCUCUGUCCUCUUCUCCCUCUCUUUUCUCUGUCCUCUUCUCCUCUCUUUUCUCCUCCUCUUCUCUUUUCUCUUUUCUCUGUCCUCUUCUCCUCUCUUUUCUCUGUCCUCUUCUCCUCUUUUUUCUCUUCUCCUCUUCUCCUCUCUUUCCUCUUUUUCUCUCCUCUUUUUUCUCUGUCCUCUUCUCCUCUUUUUUCUCUGUCCUCCUCUCUUUUUCUCUGUCCUCUUCUCCUCUCUUUUUCUCUGUCCUCUUCUCCUCUCUUUUUCUCUGUCCUCUUCUCCUCUCUUUUUCUCUGUCCUCUUCUCCUCUCUUUUUCUCUGUCCUCUUCUCCUCUCUUUUUCUCUGUCCUCUUCUCCUCUCUUUUUCUCUCCUCUUCUCCUCUUUUCCUGUCCUCUUCUCCUCUUUUUUUCUCUCUUCCUCUCUUCUCUGUCCUUUUUUUUCUUUUGUCCUCUUCUCCUCUCUUUUUCUCUGUCCUCUUCUCCUCUCUUUUCUCCUCUCUCCUUUCUCCUCUCUUUUUUUUCUGUCCUCUUCUCCUCUCUUUUCUCUGUCCUCUUCUCCUCUCUUUUUCUCUGUCCUCUUCUCCUCUCUUUUUUUCUCUGUCCUCUUCUCCUCUCUUUUCUCUGUCCUCUUCUCCUCUCUUUUUCUCUGUCCUCUUCUCCUCUCUUUUCUCUGUCCUCUUCUCCUUCUUUUCUCUGUCCUCUUCUCCUCUUUUCUCUGUCCUCUUCUCUCUCUUUUUCUCUGUCCUCUUCUCCUCUCUUUUUCUCUGUCCUCUUCUCUCUCUUUUUCUCUGUCCUCUUCUCCUCUUUUUUUCUCUGUCCUCUUCUCCUCUCUUUUUCUCUGUCCUCUUCUCCUCUCUUUUUCUCUGUCCUCUUCUCCUCUCUUUUUCUCUGUCCUCUUCUCCUCUCUUUUUCUCUGUCCUCUUCUCCUCUCUGUAUUUCAGAUAAAUGAAACGGUGCCAUUAAUGGGCCGUUCUGGAAUCCUCGGGGAACAGAAAAACAAUUUUUUUAGUGAUGUAGCCUGUGGCAAAGGUGCCAUGGCUGACAACACCUACACAAUCACCCAGUCAGGCCUGCUGUGUGAAUUCAACCAGAAACGUUUACUUGACAAAUGGGUUGAAUUGAGGGCUAAAAAUGCCACUGGAAUGGCUGUAGGUGAAGAACAUGUUUUCAUUGGUUGUGCUAAUGGCGUCAUUCGUGUCUUUGAUGCCCAGAAUUUACAUUUUGUUGCCUCCUUGCCCCGGCCGCACCCCCUAGGAGUUGAUAUAUCAGCAGCAGUCAGUAUCAGUCAAAUAUGCCCGAAGAAUGAUGCCACUUAUCCUGAUUCUAUGGCCUUGACUUAUGAUGAUGUAAACAAAAAGAUUACUUGUGCUUACAAUGAUCACAGUUUAUACAUCUGGGAUGUGCAUGACAUUAAGAAAGUUGGCAAAGUUUGGUCCUCUUUAUAUCAUUCUGGAUGUAUUUGGGAUCUUGAGAUAUACCCACCCGAAGAAGAACUCAAGAGUUCUCCAUGUCUUCCACCUGGCUCCUUUAUUACUUGUUCCAAUGAUGACACAAUCAGAAUCUGGAAUAUUUACCAACACAUCACAGAAAUAGGGCCUUACAAGCGUAACAUCUACAGCCAUGAGAUCCUUAAGACUUACUACACUGAUCUCAGUUAUGCAUUCUUGUGUGAUGGUGAUAAUACAGGUGGAAACAGUGAUAAAACCGAUACAAAAGAAGGAAAAAAUGGCAUUCGAUCAAUCAAAGUCAGUCCCGAUGGGCAGCAAUUGGCCUCAGGAGAUCGCACAGGAAAUGUCAGAAUUUAUGACCUGAAGGAAUUCACUGAAAUCAAAACAAUUGAAGCUCAUGAUGCGGAGGUGUUAGCUCUUGAAUAUUCACCUUUUGGAAUAGAACCCCGUCUAUUGGCAACUGCAAGCAGGGAUCGCUUGAUUCACAUAUUUGACAUUGAACAAGAUUAUGGCCUUCUGCAGACCUUGGAUGACCACUCCUCUUCUAUUACUGCAGUCAAGUUCACCAACAAUGAUGGACAAUUUCGUAUGCUCAGCUGUAGUGCUGAUAAAUCUCUCUUAUUUCGUAAUGCUCAAUUGCAUCCAGAAUUUCAAUUCACCUUACAUCAACAUUUAGUGGGCAAGACAACAUUAUAUGACAUGGAUGUUGAUCAGAGUGAAAAGUUUGUAGCCACUGCUUGCCAAGACAGAAAUGUCAGGAUUUACAACAUAAAAUCUGCAAAACUAAAGAAAACUUACAAAGGUUCUGUGAGCGAAGAUGGUGUCCUCAUCAAAUUACAGUUAGAUCCUUCAGGAAGUUAUAUCGUAACGAGUUGCACUGAUAAAAUUCUGUCUCUUUUUGACUUCUACACAGGAGAACUUGUUGCCAGCUUCUAUGGCCAUUCUGAGAUUGCAACUUCUAUCAAAUUUGCAAAUGAUCUCAAGCAUUUGAUUUCUGUCUCUGGUGAUGGGUGUAUUUUUAUCUGGCGCCUGUCUCCACAUGUGACAAAACAAAUGCAAAUGAGAAUGGAAGAGAAAGGAAAUCUACCAAAGGAGAGUUUGAAUUUGAGUUCAAUUCCUAUCCAAAGCUACAUUGUUGCUUCUUUUUUCUUUUCCCUUUUUUCUCUCUCCUCUCUUUUUCUCCUCUCUUUUCUCUUUUCUCUCUCUCUCUCUCUCUUUCUCUCUCCUCUUUUUCUCUCUCUCUUUUUCUCUCUCCUCUCUUUUCUCUCUCCUCUCUUUUCUCUCUCCUCUCUUUUCUCUCUUCUCUUUCUCUCUCUCUUUUUUUCUCUCUCCUCUCUUUUCUCUCUCCUCUUUUUCUCUCUCUCUUUUCUCUCUCUCUUUUCUCUCUCUCUCUUUCUCUCUCUCCUCUCUUUUCUCUCUCUCUCUUUUCUCUCUCUCUCUCUUUUUCUCUCUCUCUCUCCUCUUUUCUCUCUCCUCUCUUUUCUCUCUCCUCUCUUUUCUCUCUCCUCUUUUUCUCUCCUCUCUUUUCUCUCUCCUCUCUUUUCUCUCUCCUCUCUUUUCUCUCUCCUCUCUUUUCUCUCUCCUCUCUUUUCUCUCUCCUCUCUUUUCUCUCUCCUCUCUUUUCUCUCUCCUCUCUUUUCUCUCUCCUCUGUUUCUUUUUCUUGUCUCGUUAGUAUGCAUGUACACCGUCAUGCCAACAAUGCACUCUCCUGUCUUCCUCCUGGACUUGCUAUUUAUGCCCGUGUCGUUUGCCUGAGACUUCCGUCUCUUUUUAUUUUUAAUUUUUUCCCCUGCACAUCCACCCGCGAUCUUUCAACAGGACCCGAUAUGCCAAGCAAAUUUGCUUUGCGGGAGUUAUUUCUGUACUUUUUCUUUCUCACUAGAUCACCUGUGACUCCCAUGAAACCACUUCGGCCACUCACUCUGGAUUCAGUAGACAGCAAUGUAGAUUGCCAAUUACGCAGUGUUCCUGGUUUUCUUACAAGCAGUCCUUUCAAUGAUCGCAGUCAUGAAACAGCCUCUACUGGAGUACAGAACAUGUUGCUGAAGAACGACUCUCUAGAAAUCACUUCAGCAGGUGGAAGUGGUUUUAAUUCCAGUACUAACCCAAUGGAUUGCCGUAUUAGCAUUGGCCAAUUGCCAAGCUGGGCAAAAGCCAAGACUGAUGGUCUUUCGACGACAUCAAGCACUGAAGAGCCCCAAAGUCCCACUCAACCACGUGGGCGAUGGGCUCAAAGAAUUGAUAAUCAGCCUGUGAGGUCUUUGUUAGAUGGUAACCAAAAUAUCAACAUGUCAGAAAUGAAGGGUUACCGUCAAGUGGCUUAUAACACAGAUAUUGUACUUGAAGAAGACAGCAGUCAGUCACAGGUGGACUCUCAAGUUGAUUCACAGAUCAUUUCUUCACUCUGUGGUCAAAAUAAUUCAGUUAUUAGUUUUGAUGAACAGACAGAUGUAGCAGACCUUGAGGAGGAUGAUGAUGAUUUUAAACCCUCCCAGGUAAUGAAAUUAAUUCCUCUUUUUAUUAUUCUUUUUUCUUCCCUGUUUUUCUCUUUCCUCUCUUGUCUUUAUUUCUCUCUUUUUUCCUUUUUCUUUUUUUCCUUUUUCUUUUUUAUUCUUUUUUCUUUUUUAUUCUUUUUUCUUUUUUAUUCUUUUUUCUUUUUUAUUCUUUUUUCUUUUUUUUUCUUUUUCUUUUUUUCCUUUUUCUUUUUUUCUUUUUUCUUUUUUAUUCUUUUUUCUUUUUUAUUCUUUUUUCUUUUUUAUUCUUUUUUCUUUUUUAUUCUUUUUUCUUUUUUAUUCUUUUUUCUUUUUUAUUCUUUUUUCUUUUUUAUUCUUUUUUCUUUUUUAUUCUUAGAUUUUUUUCUUUUUUGUCUUUUCUCUCUUCUUUUUCUCUUUUCUCUUUUUUCAUUAAAAUUCCAAGCUUUAUGUAAACUAUAUUAA